CGGGGGCGGGGCGAGCCCCGCAGCCUGGGUGCUCCGAGGGAGCUGUCAGUGUUAGGCUCGCGGAGAGAGAGGAAGUGCUGGGUCCCCGAGGAGCGCGAGCCAAGCGGCCGGCGCAGCGUGAGACAGCACAUCCUGCGCGCGCCGGGCCCGCCGCCCUCGGGAGCCGCUCGAGCUCCGACCCCGCAGCCCUCUCCUCGGGAGCCGCCGCCGAGCUCGCUCCUGGAGCCCAGUUCCGCCUUCGCCGAGCGCGUCCAGGAAACCAACAUGUCUGACAAAAGUGACUUAAAAGCUGAGCUAGAGCGCAAAAAACAGCGCUUAGCACAGAUAAGAGAAGAGAAGAAACGGAAAGAAGAAGAGAGGAAAAAGAAAGAGGCUGAUAUGCAGCAAAAGAAAGAACCUGUUCAGGACGACUCUGACCUGGAUCGCAAACGCAGAGAGACAGAGGCUCUUUUGCAAAGCAUUGGGAUAUCACCGGAGCCCCCUCUAGUCCCAACCCCUAUGUCUCCCUCCUCGAAAUCAGUGAGCACUCCUAGUGAAGCUGGAAGUCAAGACUCAGGAGACCUGGGACCACUAACAAGGACCCUGCAGUGGGACACAGACCCCUCAGUGCUCCAGCUGCAGUCAGACUCAGAACUUGGGCGAAGACUGCACAGGCUGGGUGUGUCAAAGGUUACCCAAGUGGAUUUCCUGCCCAGGGAAGUCGUGUCCUACUCCAAGGAGACCCAGACUCCCCUAGCUACGCAUCAGUCUGAAGAGGAUGAGGAAGAUGAGGAAAUGGUAGAGCCUAAAGUUGGCCAUGAUUCAGAACUGGAAAACCAAGACCAAAAACAGGAGGUGAAGGAAGCCCCUCCACGAGAGCUGACAGAGGAAGAAAAACAGCAGAUCCUUCAUUCAGAGGAAUUCCUCAUCUUUUUUGAUCGGACAAUCCGGGUAAUUGAAAGAGCACUGGCAGAAGACUCCGACAUCUUCUUUGACUACAGCGGUCGAGAGUUAGAGGAAAAAGAUGGGGAUGUCCAGGCUGGAGCGAACCUUUCUUUCAAUCGUCAGUUCUACGACGAGCAUUGGUCCAAGCAUCGAGUGGUCACUUGUAUGGACUGGUCUCUCCAGUACCCUGAGCUGAUGGUUGCUUCCUACAACAACAACGAGGACGCUCCCCAUGAACCAGAUGGUGUGGCUUUGGUUUGGAACAUGAAGUUUAAGAAAACCACACCAGAAUACGUCUUCCACUGUCAGUCCUCUGUGAUGUCCGUGUGCUUCGCUCGUUUCCAUCCCAACUUGGUGGUUGGUGGGACUUACUCGGGCCAGAUUGUCCUGUGGGAUAAUCGCAGUCAUCGAAGGACACCAGUGCAGAGGACACCUUUGUCAGCUGCUGCACACACGCAUCCCGUGUACUGUGUAAAUGUUGUGGGGACCCAGAAUGCUCAUAACCUCAUCACCGUCUCUACUGAUGGCAAAAUGUGCUCCUGGAGCCUGGACAUGCUCUCGACGCCGCAGGAGAGCAUGGAGCUGGUGUACAAUAAGUCCAAGCCUGUGGCUGUUACCGGAAUGGCUUUCCCGACGGGAGACGUCAAUAACUUCGUGGUUGGCAGUGAGGAGGGCACAGUCUACACGGCCUGUCGUCAUGGAAGCAAAGCAGGUAUUGGGGAGGUCUUCGAAGGUCAUCAGGGACCAGUGACUGGAAUUAACUGCCACAUGGCUGUGGGCCCCAUCGACUUUUCACACCUGUUUGUCACGUCGUCAUUUGACUGGACCGUCAAACUGUGGACCACAAAGCACAACAAGCCGCUCUACUCCUUUGAAGACAAUGCAGACUAUGUGUACGAUGUCAUGUGGUCCCCCGUGCAUCCCGCGCUCUUUGCCUGCGUGGACGGAAUGGGGCGCCUGGACCUCUGGAACCUCAACAAUGACACCGAGGUUCCAACAGCAAGUGUGGCCAUUGAGGGGGCUUCCGCCCUGAACCGGGUGCGCUGGGCUCAAGGUGGCAAAGAAGUUGCUGUUGGAGACUCAGAAGGCCGUAUUUGGAUCUACGACGUUGGAGAGCUUGCAGUCCCCCACAAUGACGAAUGGACCCGCUUCGCCAGGACCCUCGUGGAGAUUCGCGCUAACAGAGCUGACAGUGAGGAGGAAGGCACCGUUGAGUUAUCUGCCUAGUGGAAGCGAACCAUCCCGACCCCAACCCCGACCUUCACCUUCUAGAACUCAGUGCUGCAGCCAUCGGUUCCACUUGUAUUCCGUGUCCAUUCAGUAUCAGUGUUGCGUGACAUUUUGGGUGUUCUGUCGUGCCGGCUUUGCUCCAAGUACUCCAAAUGUAUCCCACCCCGCUUUCCACUGACCUGCCAUUCACCACAGCAUUUCUGUCUUUAUAUUUCUGUCUCAAAAAUGGGGGGGAAGGGUGUAGGCUUUACAGGUUUAGUUGUUGCCUUUUAACUACUUAGUAGCUGUAUUUAAUAGCUGGAAACCUCUGGUUAAAUUUGUUCUUACAUGCACUUCUGGCAUAGUCCUAUUAAAUCCAUAUGAAGCCAGAUAUGAUUAGGUGCAGAUGUGGUGUGCUUCAUGAUACGGUACAGGGCCAAAGACUUGAGAUGUAGUGUUUUACAUGGUGACUCACGUUAUGGAUGGAUUUACUAGAGGAACAUUGCUGCUCCUUAUUUAUUGUGGUGUGCUGCAUGGAACAUAUUUAUUUGAAAGCAUUAAAAUAAACGAUCCUAGAGCAUGUGCAUAAUGA